AUGUCAAUGUCAGGGAGCGCCAGCACUGGACCAGCAAUCACGAUUAUUAUAGAAGACGAUGAUGCCGAUCUCCAAAUUUCUUCCGAAGAUUUGUUCUUGACUUUACCGCAGGUAAACUCGGUCACUCGUCCAACACUCCACGACUUUAUUGUCAUUGAUCCUCUGGACGAUCCUUUAGAGCUGCGACUCGGUCCUUCAGGUGCUUCCACUCCGAGACGAAGCGAGGAUGCCCGUGCAGACAGGCCGGACGCUCCUCCCGCGAUCGAUCUCCAGUUUUCGCUUAGCGGCGAAGCCAUCACCGAAACUAAGAAGAGACGCAAGCCCUCCGCCGAUGAUUCGCUAAGCGCGGGUGUUAGGCUAACUUGUAUCAUCUGUAUGGACGCGAUGAAGGAAGAGACCUCAACCAUAUGUGGUCACAUUUUUUGCAAAGAGUGUAUUCUAGUGGCCAUUCAAGCGCGCAAGGCAUGCCCCACUUGCCGGAGGAAAUUGACCAGCAAGGACAUCCAUCGCAUCUACCUCUCGAGCUAA